CGUGGCGAUUGCCGCUCAAUUUAAAGCCAUCGGGAGGCAGAGGAGAGAGGAAAUUUACCUACCUGGCAAGCCUGCAAACACACAUACACACAGUUUCAGAGCUCUCUCUCUCUCCCUCUCUCUCUCUCUCUCUCACACACACUCUCUCACAUGCUCCCUUCUCUCUCUCUCUCUGACUGAAACGAUAACUGAGAGAGCACUGGCACAUGCAACAGGGUGCGGGAGACAAACUCAUCUCGUCUUUUCCCCCCUUUUCUCAAGAAGAGGAGGACAAUGAAGAGAGGAAGAAGAAGCGAGAGCGGGAUGCUCUAACACCCCAAGCCAGUUUCGGAAAAAGAAUUAACAGUUAAAGGUGUUAAACCGCUUUUCAAACAAAUUUCCAGGUUCCGGUUCAAACGGCAGCCCGCUGUUCAAGGCCAUGACCAAGCGCAAGUGGGAAGGGAGACGAGAGGGCUUCAGGGUGAACACCACCCGCGAGGAGACGCAAGGUCCGGGCCGCCCCACCAGCAGGGGGCGCUUCUCUGAGUCCUGGAAGAGGUUGAGCUCCAGACAGGGGUCCACCAAGAGGUCAGGACUGGCAGCACAGCAAGCAGCGGCUCAGAAAUCGUGGAUCGAGCGAGCCUUCAGCAAGAGAGAAUGCGUGCACAUCAUCGUCAGUGCCAAAGACCCCCAUAGGUGCUGUUGUGGCCGUCUCAUUGGCCAGCACGUGGGCCUGCCCCCCAGCAUUUCCUCCAAUCAGAAUGACAGAUCGGAGCGUGCGCUGAAGAGUGACAGCCUGCCUGAAAAAUGGUCCAUCAGCAAACACACACAGCUGAGUCCCACCGACGCAUUCGGCACCAUCGAGUUCCAGGGAGGAGGCCACUCCAACAAAGCCAUGUACGUGCGGGUGUCAUAUGACACCAAAGCUGACCUGCUGCUGCACCUCAUGACUAAAGAGUGGCAGCUGGAGCUUCCCAAACUGCUCAUCUCUGUACACGGGGGUUUGCAGAACUUUGAGCUGCAGCCCAAACUCAAGCAGGUGUUCGGUAAGGGCUUGAUCAAAGCCGCCAUGACUACCGGAGCCUGGAUCUUCACCGGCGGAGUCAACACUGGGGUUAUCAGACAUGUAGGUGAUGCUCUGAAAGACCACGCCUCCAAAUCCAGGGGGAAAAUCUGCACCAUCGGCAUUGCCCCCUGGGGCAUAGUGGAAAACCAGGAGGAUCUUGUGGGCAAAGACGUGGUGCGGCCAUACCAGACCAUGUCGAAUCCUCUGAGUAAGCUGACUGUCCUGAACAGCCUGCACUCGCACUUCAUCCUAGCUGACAACGGCACCACGGGCAAGUACGGUGCCGAGGUUAAGCUUCGCCGCCAGCUGGAGAAACACAUCUCUCUGCAGAAGAUCAACACACGGAUCGGACAGGGGGUACCUGUGGUGGCGCUGAUUGUCGAGGGUGGCCCUAACGUGAUCUCUAUCGUGCUGGAGUACCUGAGAGACACGCCGCCUGUCCCUGUGGUGGUAUGUGAUGGCAGCGGCCGAGCAUCUGACAUCCUGGCAUUUGGCCACAAGUACUCAGAGGAGGGAGGGCUGAUAAACGAGUCUCUGCGGGACCAGCUGCUCGUCACCAUCCAGAAGACGUUCACGUACAGCCGCACACAGGCUCAGCACCUCUUCAUCAUCCUCAUGGAGUGUAUGAAGAAGAAAGAGCUGAUCACAGUGUUUCGAAUGGGUUCAGAGGGACACCAGGACAUUGACUUGGCAAUCCUCACUGCUUUACUGAAAGGUGCCAAUGCUUCAGCUCCUGACCAGCUGAGCCUGGCAUUGGCCUGGAACCGUGUGGACAUUGCCCGUAGCCAGAUAUUCAUCUAUGGACAGCAGUGGCCUGUGGGUUCUCUUGAGCAGGCCAUGCUGGAUGCCCUGGUUCUGGACCGUGUAGACUUUGUGAAGCUGCUGAUUGAGAAUGGUGUGAGCAUGCACCGGUUCCUCACACUCUCCCGGCUAGAAGAACUCUAUAACACGAGGCAUGGACCAUCCAACACAUUGUAUCAUCUUGUCAGAGAUGUAAAAAAGCAAGAAUAUCCAGGGUUCAGUUGGAUCUACCUCAAGGGCAACCUGCCACCUGACUAUCGCAUCAGCCUGAUUGACAUCGGAUUAGUUAUUGAAUACCUAAUGGGCGGGGCCUAUCGAUGCAACUACACACGGAAAAGAUUCCGGACGCUCUACCAUAACUUGUUUGGGCCUAAGAGGCCAAAGGCGCUGAAGCUGCUUGGAAUGGAGGAUGACAUGCCAAUCCGACGAGGGCGGCAGAAGACAACGAGGAAAAGAGAGGAGGAGGUUGAUAUUGAUCUGGAUGACCCUGAAAUCAACCACUUCCCAUUCCCCUUCCAUGAGCUGAUGGUGUGGGCAGUGCUGAUGAAGAGGCAGAAAAUGGCACUGUUCUUCUGGCAGCAUGGCGAGGAGGCCAUGGCCAAAGCCUUGGUGGCAUGCAAGCUGUGCAAGGCCAUGGCUCAUGAAGCCUCUGAGAAUGACAUGGUCGAUGACAUCUCUCAGGAGCUCAACCAUAACUCCAGGGAGUUUGGCCAGCUGGCAGUGGAGCUCCUGGACCAGUCCUACAAGCAGGAUGAGCAGAUGGCCAUGAAGCUACUUACCUAUGAGUUGAAAAACUGGAGCAAUGCCACCUGUUUGCAGCUGGCUGUAGCCGCCAAGCAUCGCGACUUCAUUGCUCAUACCUGCAGCCAGAUGUUGCUCACUGACAUGUGGAUGGGGCGGCUUCGCAUGCGCAAGAACUCUGGCCUCAAGGUGAUCCUGGGCCUACUACUGCCUCCCUCCAUCCUGAGUCUGGAGUUUAAGAACAAAGAUGAGAUGUCAUACAUGCCUCAGGAACAGGAGGCCUACCUGCAGGAGAAGGAUUCGGAUGAGGCUGACAAGCCAGCCAAGGACAAGGAAGAGGAGGACAUGGAGUUCACCGUAAGAGCAUACUGUGAGGCGCAGUACAACUCCGUGGCUAUGUUGGGAAAUGUGAGCUCAGAAGUUUCUCGGAAGAAGGAAGUGGAGGAAGCCCAGAACCGCCAUCGCCUAAUUCCAGUGGGCCGCAAGAUCUAUGAGUUUUACAACGCACCCAUUGUCAAGUUCUGGUUCCAUACGAUGGCCUAUGUGGGCUACCUAAUGCUCUUCAACUACAUUGUACUUGUUAAAAUGGAUCUCUGGCCUUCUCCUCAAGAAUGGAUCGUGAUUGCCUACAUUUUCACCAACGGCAUUGAGAAGAUGAGGGAGAUCCUGAUGUCAGAACCUGGCAAACUGCUGCAGAAAGUUAAAGUAUGGCUGCAGGAGUAUUGGAAUAUCACGGACCUCAUGGCUAUCCUUAUCUUCUCCAUUGGCAUGGUACUCCGUCUCCAGGAGCCACCACUUAUGAGCUACGGUCGGGUCAUCUACUGUGUUAACAUCAUCUACUGGUACAUCCGCCUACUUGACAUCUUCGGGGUAAACAAAUACCUCGGACCCUACGUAAUGAUGAUUGGAAAGAUGAUGAUUGACAUGAUGUAUUUUGUGAUCAUCAUGUUGGUGGUACUAAUGAGUUUCGGUGUGGCACGUCAAGCCAUCCUGAACCCUAAUGAGGAUCCAUCAUGGAUGCUCGCUCGCAACAUCUUUUUUAUGCCCUACUGGAUGAUCUAUGGCGAAGUAUUUGCUGACCAAAUUGACCAUGUGAAUAGUAGGAAGCUACAGAACAGGCUGAAUGAAAAACUCUGGCUGGUCGAAAAUUACGUUCGAACUCAAGGAAGUGGGCGUAACACUGGUCCAUCCCAUAUAGCACCAUGUGGGCAGAACAUCACCACAGAGGACGGUGCAAUUGUGCUCCAGCCCCCAUGUAAGACCGGCGCGUGGAUUGUCCCUGCAAUCAUGGCCUGCUACUUGCUGGUUGCCAACAUUCUUCUGGUCAAUCUUCUCAUUGCUGUCUUCAAUAAUACGUUCUUUGAGGUGAAGUCGAUCUCCAACCAGGUGUGGAAAUUUCAGCGUUAUCAACUAAUCAUGACAUUUCAUGAGCGCCCUGUUCUUCCUCCUCCCCUCAUCAUCUUCAGCCACAUGACCAUGGUCCUCAAGCAUCUGUGCUGUCGCUGGAGGAAGCAUGAUGAUGAUGAACGGGACUUUGGAUUAAAGCUCUUCAUCACUGAAGACGAGCUGAAAAAAGUCCAUGAUUUUGAAGAGCAGUGCAUCGAAGAAUACUUCAGAGAAAAGGAUGAUCGCUUCAACUCUUCCAACGAUGAAAGGAUCCGAGUAACAUCUGAAAGGGUGGAAAACAUGGCAAUGAGGCUGGAGGAGGUAAACGAACGAGAGCACUUCAUGAAGGCCUCAUUGCAGACAGUGGACAUUCGGCUGGCCCAGAUGGAGGAACUGAUCGGCCGUAUGGCCGUGGCUCUGGAGCGGGUUACAGGUGUAGAGCGGCCCGAGGUGAACAAGGCACGCUCAAGGACGUCAUCAGACUGCACUGACACUAAUUAUAUCCUACGUCAGAGCAGUUUCAACAGCCAGGAGGGCAACACCUACAGGCUGCAAGAGUCUAUGGAACAGGGUGGAGAGGAGUCCAUUUCUCCAACCUCACCCACUGCACUGGCACCACGAGUAAGGAGCCACUCCUUCUACAUGGGCCAUUCAUCCCGAGAUAGGUGUGGGACAGACCGAGUUGAGGGAUUCUUCAAGGAGCGCUCUUUGAGCUUACACCGUGCCAAUAGCUCACAGUCAGUUGCAUCAGGAGCUGCCGGAAAAGAGAGCAAACCUGCCCAACUAAAUACACUGUAUGUACAGCAGCAACAUCGACCCUCAUCUUGCAUUGAUAUAUAUGUGUCUACCACUGAGGAGGCACAGCCCCAAGAAAGCUUCCUGGAACCAAUUCGAAUUCCUCAGAGUAUUGCUCGAGAUUCAACCCCCCAUACAGAGAUCAUGGAGGCAGUGCUAUCCGGGGAACGGGACUACCAUUGUAGGGCAGGGGUUAGUGAACGACAGCCAGAUGGCACUGUCUUGUUUGAGGAUAGCGCUGCCGCUGACCUGUCACUGUGCACCACCCACCUACCACCAGAUGCCCUGCCCCCAUGGGACACAGAGCCAUCUCCUCCACCCUCUGCAGGCAUCCUUGAGCGGUCCAAGAGCAGCCGCUUUUUAUCAGCAGCUGGACCCUUGUUCUUGGAUGAGGCACCAAUGGUGAAGUCCCACAGCCUGAUGUUCAUGCCACGCACCUACUAUGGCGGCAUGGGCAUGCAAGUAAAGGCAGCUGAGUACACCAGCAUCACAGACUGCAUCGACACACGCUGUGUCUCAACAUCAUACCCAGUGCCCGAGCGCUCAGAUUCACCUGGGGGCUCAUUCACCUUUGAGAAGCCCCAGGAAUUGUGUGCCUCACACCCAGAGCGUGAUGCUGAGCUAAGCCAUGCUGAAUCUGACCCUGAGGAGCCCACUGAGGGCUCAGGUGAGACCAGCAAGCCCUGUUCCAGUGGAGGUGGUGGAAUGGGGGUUGAUUUGGCUCUGGGCUUAGCCCUGGGCCCCUUCUGUACUCCAGCCUCUAGACUGGAACGAGCCAAUAGUUGCUCCUCGUCAGAGGACUCCCAUUCCAAUGUCUAUGCCCGAAAGAGCUUCUCUAUCAGUGAACGCAUGGACAAGGGACGUGCCAGGAAUCCAUUCCAAAGGAGCAAGUCUGGUAUGAGGCCUGACAGCAAGACAGACACACUUUCCUUGAGGCGAAUGGCUAAGCCAUCAGCCUUCCAAAGCUUUGAUGGCAGGCACAACUAUACGUGAUGGUGGAGGAGAUUAAGGAGAAUUGGUGUACGACAUUGUGGAUCUACUGUAGUAUGCAUAGGAUGGAAAAGGAAUCUUAAAACUUAUUUGAUGUCCAAAGGUCCAUUAAGCAGUUAGCACUGUCUGGGUGAAUUAUGUGCUCUACAUUGUAAUGAUCUGUUCUGGAUAGUACUAGCACAUGGCGACACUUUUAGCACCAUAGUACAAAUCUGGAUUACAACAUUGCCAUUUGGCAAAAUUAGUCUGCAGCUCUUGAACUGGUAAAUCAUAAUGUUCAUUCUUUUCUGUGAGUUCAGGUGGAAAUAGAAUAGGGGAAUAUGUAUCCAAUGAGCAGACUUGAAAUAUAUAGACAGAGCGUAUUCCCAUUAAUAAGUAGGUUAGCAAGCCAAGUUUUAAACAUAUUGAGUUCCCUUCUCUCAACUUUAAUUAUUCCAAACCAUUUGUCUUAAUCAUUUGAGUUUGACUAUCCACGUUGUAAUGUGACCAACGUAGACAUCAUGAGUUUAAAUCCAAAUCAAAUAAAAACACAAAGGGAAAUAUUUUUAAGACAUUCAACAUUUGUUGUAUAUAAUUAGCCUCAUCUUUUAUCUUGGAGACACAGGCAUAGACAUACUUAUUAUACAGAAAAUUGCACAUAUAUUUUCUCAGAUGUCUAUUAUAGAUUUGAUCAUGCUUUGAUCAUGAAAAUAUACAUUUUAUUUCAACCCUUGAGACAUUUCUUCUCGGAUACCUAUAUGGUGCAACCAGUGCUUUCCCGCUUUUGUAGGAUUUGAAGGACCUACCCCUACUUCAUUUCAUAUACGCUAGUUAGUCCAAUGUAACAUGUCUAGCACAUGGGCCAGACAAACGCAGGGUACAUGUGCUAGAUAAUAUUAAAAUUGAUAUUUACAUGGUAGAUUAAAUUAAAACAGAUUUGACCUUCAUUCAGCACUAUUUUACAUCUCAAAUCAUUCAGACAACUAAUAAUAAUAUGACUCAUAAGUUGUGAUUUUCUCAACCUUGAUUUUUAAAGUGAGCUCAUGAAGAUCACCUGGAGAUUCAGUCAUGAGAGAACCAAGUAAUCACUACUUUUUUCACUACCAAGAUUAUUGAUGUAGACUUGCUAUGCAAGAGGCCAGGGCAGCAGAGGACAGGGUGGUUCUUAUGCACUUUAGAGCACGUGUUGAUUUCAGGUAUGCACGUCUGUGAGCACUGUAUUUCAAGCCAGCUGAGAGAUUUUAAUCAUAUUCAAAAUCACUAUACUGUACAAGUAUUAGGAUAAUUACAGUGUAUUACUACAUGUAUAUACAAAAUUUCACAAAUUAUUCUACAUAAUGAUUAAUUAUUUGUGUGAAUAAUUGAAAUGGGUUUUAGUUAACUGGAUCUGAAUAUCAGAGAUAUUAAUGUGUUGUCCUAUGAAAGAAGACAUUAUGUAAAGAAUUGUUUUAAUUCACAAUGAUGAACAUAUUAUUUCAGGAUCAAAAACGAAACACUAACACCCCCAAAACACUAACUAGAGGGAGAAUAGUGUAAAAAAAAAUUAAGAUUGCGAAGCAAUAAAAAAGAAAGAAAAUCCAUUAUAGAUUUACUAGUCAGCUGAAAUAAAAUGUUAAAGAGAUGAUAAGCUCAUCAGUGUCAUGUCCUCCUCUACCAUCAGCCUUGUUCUUCUGCCUUAUUCAUGUGCAAUAGCACCAAGAGAUUCUAACAUACAUUCUGUACUGCAGGGUUAAAAAGCAGUCAUGGGAGAUAAACAAAAGUGUAAAGGAAAUAAUGACUGCAGUCUGAAAAUACAAAUGUAUAUUCAUGUGCAGAUUCAGAUCACACUCAUCAACUUACAAAUCAUGCAUCACAUCACAUCCCUCUAUCACAACCUUUACAUACCAAACAAAGAAAGACAAAGCAGAAAUGACAGAACUAAAAGAUAUGUGAAAUCCUAUAUAUGUAUAUACAUUUGUCCACAAACAUUAGAAUUAUUACUGGACUGCUUCCACCAAAGCAAAGUGCAUUUUAUUUAGUACUUUGCCACUCUGCCUCUUUCUAACUCUACAGGAUAUGAUACAGUUGCAAGUCAGCUUUUAAAUGAGCUAAAUUGUAUGAGUGACAUGAAAAUGAUCAAUGAGAUACUGUGUGGCAAAAACAAUGAACAAGGCUACACCAACUACAAUAUACCUUGCAUAAUCAAUAGGAAACCAGGCACCAAAAUAAGCUUUUUUAUUUUUUAUUUUAUUUUUUUACCUUUUAUUCAAUUCUGAAGCCUUUUUGGUCAGCAUUCUCAUUACAGGUUAAUAGAUAUCAAAAGUAUUCAGAAAUUGUCUAGUAGGCAAAGAUUUCAUUGUCAUUUUGGACUUCUCCUAAUUAAAAUAUUACAGCAGCAAUUUCUGGCAGCAGUCACAAGUUGGCAAGGUAUCGUGGACAUAACACACCUACGUCCUCCAUUCUUAAUGCUGACGUUAAGUGUGAUUCACUCCGAAACAUGGUGUGGUGGCAUGGCACAGAGGGGCCUUUUUCCUGGGUCUAGACAUUUCAACUAAACAUAGUUGUGUAAUGUCCUAAAAUAUAAGUGAGCACCUGGUUGUUACAUGUAAAAGAUCUGUAUGUGUUCCAUAAAUGUUGCUGUGGUUGUUUAAAGGUUACUACAUUUAGCAAAAGGGAGCCAAACAGGGCGAAAGACUUGCACCGUGCCAAAACAAUGAGGAAACUUCAUGUAAAGUAUUUUCUUAAUAUUUUUUCCUAUACUGUAGCAUACUGGUUUGUGAGUUAUAAUUCCACAUUUCUGAGCCCCCUCCUUUUUAAUUUGUGAGCACUUGUAUGCUAAUGAGUCCAAGCACAUGUUUUUUCCGCAAUAAUAUUGUAAUUUUAUUCAAAGGGGUCAUAGUUAAUUUAGUGUCCUAAAAAAAUUAUUGCAUGUCGUUCUUCCACAAGGAUGUGAAAUGAAUUUUGGAAAAUGACAGAAAAUUGGUGAGGAUGAGACAAGUCCCAUCCUCCCACUGUAGUAGGCUAAGUAUUUGGAUGCAAAUACAAAGAUGUAUUCUGUAAUAUUCCUCAAUGUGAAUAGGAUGUUUGGCAUGUAUUAUUAAAUAAAUGAAUAUUUAAGUGAAUUAGGACUGGCUUUUUUUGUAUUUAGUAUAACAUAUGACACAAAAGCAUAGCUCAAUUAGACUGCGAGCCAGGACUUCUCGUCCAACAUCAGUGCCUGACCUCACAAAUGCACUUCUAGAGGAAUGGUCAAAAAUUCCCAUAAACACACUCCUAAACCUUGUGGAAAGCCUUCCCAGAAGUGUUAUAGCUGUUAUAGUUGCAAAGGGUGGGACAACUCCAUAUUACAUCCACGUGCAAGUAAAGACAGGCGUUUGACAAGACUUUGCCAAUAUAGUGUAUGUUAACUACAG